AUGUAUCGGGGGCAGCUCCCUGGCUUCUACUUCGAUGAAGUCAGGGGCAAGUAUUUUAAAAUUCAGGCGAACCACGUUGUUCCCGAGACGACAAAAUAUUCUCGGGGUCAUGUAGCGCAGGAGGAGCGUAUCUCGAAGAAGCGCAAGCUGGAGAAGGAGGAGCACAACAAGAACCUCCGCCAGACCGUGAGGCGCAAUGCAGUCCUGCAGCACCCAGUACUCGGCGGAAUCGGCCUUCACCGUGAGCAUGGAACGACCUCUCUCGGCCCAAACCUGGAUGCCAGUGACCGAGCGCUCGUCGCCGGCUGGCGCCCUCAGAAGGUAAUGCUAACAGACAGGAUCGUGAGCGAUCUCGAAGGCGACGAGCGCCUUUGUGCGGCCCAUUACCUACCCACGACGGGACAUAUGAUGCUCGGGAUCAGAGAAGCAGACGCCAAGCGCAGCGUACUACGGAUGAUUCAGUGGGACUGGGAUUACCUUAGCGACGAAAGCAACCGUCUACCACCCGCUGAAGGCAGGUUCAAAGCUUUCGGCAGCGUCAUCAAGGAUGUUGCGACCACGAUGCAGGGCGAUUCACCAAGGAUGCUGGUGUCCGGCGGAGACUGGAAUGCAGGUGUCCUAUACAUGAGCUCAAUAGGAGUUGACGGCGCCGACCAUGCGACGACCGCGGUCGCCGAGGUUCAAAUGGAGGGCACAGGAACGGCAGUCCCAGAGUUCUCGACGUUCCACCACACGACCGGCACGGUAUGCAAUCAUGCGUUCCGGAAAUCGCAUUUAUAUCUGCUCACCAAUUCACAGGCCGCGACGUUGUCCAGAGAGCGACUCAACAUCUUCGACUCUGCCCUCCACCAAAUCAAUACCCUCACGACAUCAACAGCAAGCCGCCGAGCGGUCAGAGAGUCGUAUGAAGGUGGUCCAGAGUUCGGCCCUGGCAUAACAUUCCUUGACCCGAACACUGUCGCCUUCAACUACAACGGCGGCCAUGGCGAAGAAUCCACUACUCACAAAGUGAUGUUAUGGGACUGGCGCAUGCCCACAGGCACAUCAGCGCGCUUCCGCUCCUCGAAGAGGACUACUGGCCUUCUCAACCCCAACGGCGCGCAAGAAGGGAGCCAAUUGCUAGUAUCGACCAACCACGACAUCAAACUCUUCGACACGCGCAUGCCGCACUCAUACUCCCGACCAGAUCAAACUCUCAUGACCAUCCGUCACGUCCACGAAGGCCCAGUGCAGAACCAAGCCACCAACGGACGAGGUCUCCUCGCCGCCAUGGAUCGCGACGAAGAGAUGCAGAUAUACUCGCUCCGCACCGGCCGCAAGAUCCGAUCCCUGGAGAUACCGAAAGCGCUCAAAGGCUUCAAAGUCCGCAAGCUGUUCAGAGACGUGAUGUGGUAUGAUGAUGAGAAGGCUGGGUCCUGUCUGCAGCUCUUCGGCCCGGCGGGGGUAGUACGGUGGUCGUAUGGAGGUCCGCGCAACGAGAAUGCCGCCUCAGAAGCAAGCGCUGGAGAUUCAGAGAUAGGAGAAGGCAUGGACGACCAGCUUGACUAUGAGUCGGACGGGAGCAGUUAUGUCGCAUUGCCGUGGAGGCCUCAGGGAGGUGCUGUGUCGAGGUCAGAGGGAGGGUGGUAA